GACGCUAUCGCGCAUAAAUCGUUCUUUCCUGGUUUCCCCAAGCAUAUUAUCAAAGGUGAUGCGGAUAAAGCUUUUGCGGAAGCGCAGCAUGUUUUAGAAGGGGAAGUACGUAUAAGUGGUCAAGAACAUUUUUAUUUGGAGACAAACGCUACUAUUGUCGUGCCAUAUGAGGAAAACGAGCUGGAAGUAUUCUGUUCCACGCAGCAUCCUAGUGAAAUACAGAAACUAAUUGCCCAUGUCUUAGAUAUACACUCAAAUAGAGUUAACGUUCGUGUGAAGCGUAUAGGGGGUGGUUUUGGUGGGAAGGAAUCCCGUGCAGCAUUACUCGCGAUACCAGUGGCACUUGCGGCACACAGAUUACAGAAACCAGUUCGUUGUAUGCUGGAUAGAGACGAAGAUAUGAUGAUAAGUGGAACGCGACAUCCGUUUUUAUUCAAGUACAAAGUUGGAUUUAAUAAUGACGGUUUUAUCAAAGUGGCAAGAGUACAUAUAUAUAGUAACGCAGGUUACUCUCGCGAUUUAUCAACAUCAGUAUUAGAACGCGCCAUGUUCCAUUUUGAAAAUUCAUAUAGAAUUCCCGUGUCGGAGAUAUAUGGAUACAUGUGUAAAACGAAUUUACCAUCAAAUACGGCUUUCCGAGGCUUCGGUGGACCGCAAGGAAUGUUUGUAGCUGAAAAUAUCAUUCGGCAAAUUGCCGAUUAUCUAGAUCUGGAUGUCGUCAAGUUGUCCGAAUUAAAUUUAUAUAAAGAAGGUGAUUUAACACAUUACAACCAGCAGCUUGUCAAUUGUACUUUAGAUCGUUGCUGGCGUGAAUGUCUAGCGUCGUCUCGUUAUAAUGAAAGAAUAGUUGAGGUUCAACGUUAUAAUAGAGAAAAUCGAUUCAAGAAAAAAGGACUUGCAAUUGUACCUACGAAGUUCGGAAUAGCGUUUACUGCAUUGCACUUGAAUCAAGCAGGCGCGCUGGUUCACAUCUAUACUGAUGGCUCGGUGCUAAUCAGCCAUAGUGGUGUUGAGAUGGGACAAGGUCUACACACAAAAAUGAUUCAAGUUGCCAGCAGAAUAUUAAAGGUGAAUCCAACUAAGAUAUAUAUCGCUGAAACGGCUACCGAUAAAGUUCCUAAUACAUCUGCCACCGCAGCAAGUUGCGGAUCUGAUUUGAAUGGCAUGGCUGUUAUGAAUGCAUGCAAGGAAAUUAUGAAACGAUUACAACCGAUAAUUGACAAUGAUCUAAAAGGUACCUGGGAAGAAUGGAUAAAAGUAGCAUAUUAUCAAAGGAUAAGCUUAUCUGCUACCGGUUUCUAUCAAACACCCAACAUCGGAUAUUCCUUCGAGACUAAUACAGGGCAUCCAUUUAAUUAUUUUACGUAUGGCGUUGCUUGUACGGAGGUGGAGGUUGAUUGCCUCACCGGUGAUCAUGAGGUGUUACGAACAGAUAUUGUCAUGGAUUUGGGAGAGAGUUUAAAUCCAGCCAUCGACAUAGGACAAGUUGAAGGUGCCUUCGUUCAAGGAUACGGUUUAUUCACGUUAGAGGAAAUGAUUUACUCACCGACGGGAACUUUGUUCAGCAGAGGACCUGGCGCGUACAAAUUGCCAGGCUUUACCGACAUACCUCAGGAAUUUAAUGUAUCCUUAUUAAAAGGGGUUUCUAAUCCAAGAGCGGUAUACUCUUCUAAGGCUGUUGGGGAGCCACCGUUAUUUCUGGCAUCAUCUGCAUUCUUUGCGAUCAAAGAAGCAAUCAAGGCUGCACGUAAGGAUGCGAAUAUUCAUGGUCACUUUCGUCUUGAUGCCCCUGCGACUGCUGCACGUAUACGUAAUUCCUGCAUAGACAAUUUAACAAUGAAGAUUUCAGAGCCUGAUUUAAAACACCAAUGGAAUGUAGUACCAUAAAAUCUUCAAAAUCGCGUUUAUAAGACUUUUUAAAGAUAAAGAUAUUAGAAAAAUAUUGAUAUAAAUAAGAUAUAAAUAUCGAUAGAUAUUUUUAACAAAUUAAAUAAAUAUUUGCGAAGUAUAUCAUCAAUAGGACACGAAAUAAUAUAUCCAUUAUUAUUACAAACUUAAAUCUCACGAGUUGUCGUAAACAUAUGAUUUUAGAGAUACUCUCCGUAAAACAAUAGGAUUGAAUGUUAGAUCAAACGUGUUAGAAAAAACCCAGAAACUAUUUACUUAGUUGGUAGGAAAUGUUUAAGGAGGUUCGCCUACUACUUUGGAGUAAAAAAUGCAAUUGAAUAACAAUGUACAUUACAGCGAUCCCGAAUUAUAUGCAAUAUUAGUAUAAUGAAUUGUGGAUGCUAGUUAUGUGCUAUAUUCUUCGUAAAUUAUAUUAGUGUACAGAAUAUUAAUAAAUAUAUGCCGAAGUAUGAGAGCGUCAACGACUCGGGAAUCGUAGUCAGGUACUUAUUAUCCAACAUUAUAAGGUAAAAGAAAAGUAACAAAUAAUUUCACUAGAAAAGAAUAUUAAAUAGAAAAGAAAGAAUAGUCAACCUAUUUGGAUGAAGAUCUAAAUAAAGAUCCAUACUCUAA